AGUCACGAUCGAAACUUGCACCGUUGUGGAGCUUGAAAAGUACAUUGCUAAAAGACAUCGCGUGUUUUUUAUUCGUGGGAUUCAGGAGCUAAAGAAUCCUGCAUCCCUUCGAAUUCAAGCGAAAGGGACAAUUGUUUGAGGAUAAGGAAGAAGAGGAAGUAACAAAGGAAGUUCCCCCUUAAAUAGACGUGGUGCGAUAUAAUUAAAUCAACGUGCAAGGGGAGGGACAAAUUUUUCGCUGAUGGAUGGUGAAGCAUAGCCAAAUAAUGGAUAGGCUUUCCUAUUAUUUCUUAUUGAAUUAUCUUUUCAUUUUUGCCCAUGGCCAAACUCUCAAGAUUGGUGCAAUCUUCGAAGGGCCAUCGGAUGAAGCUGAAAUUGCCUUCAAGUAUGCCGUAGAGACGGCCAACAAUGAAAUCCUUGCACCCACAAAUAGCCGGCAAUUGGAAGCUGUUCCAAUUCGCGUCUACGACAGCAAUGAAUUUAUGGUCUCCAAGAAACUCUGUCGGACACUUCGAAUGGGAAUAGCUGGGAUUAUUGGUCCACAAUCGCCACACUCAUCGGUGCACGUUCACAGUAUCUGCGACGCCAAGGAGAUGCCCCACAUUCAGGCACGUUGGGACCCCAUCGGCAGUACCCCCUAUGCCGUAAACAUUCACCCCGAUCCUCAAACAUUCGCUCGUGCCUUUGUGGACUUGGUGCAGGCGUGGGAAUGGAAGGAAUUCACGAUUCUCUAUGAAAAUGCGGCACAUUUGCCGAGACUUUCGGAUCUUCUGAAGUUGUAUGAUCCCAAAGGAUAUACCGUCACGGUGAGACAGUUGGAUUUAGGAUUAAACAACAACUACCGCUCUGUGUUGCGAAGAGUUAAACUCGGUCAGGAUAUUCACAUUGUGCUGGAUUGUUCAGCAAGAAUUCUCCCCGAUGUGCUGAAGCAGGCACAACAGGUGGGCCUCAUGACGGACUACCAUCAGUUCAUCAUUACGAAUCCCGAUUUGCACACAAUCGACUUGGAGCCGUACCAGUACAGUGGCACCAACAUCACGGGGGUGCGUCUGUACGACCCCGAGGACCCACGGGUGCAACAAAUCACCGAAUAUUGGCGCAUCCAAGCAAGAACAGUGGAUCAGGAACUCAGUCCCGGACUUCAAGCGCACAAUUUGAGCACCGAGACUGUCCUUGUCUUUGACAGUGUCAUUAUGUAUGCGGAGGCAUUGAAGCAAUUAAAGGGCAUCCGACAGUUGAGGCCCGUUCAGCUGAAUUGCGACGAUAACCUCACGUGGAGUAGUGGAUCAAGCAUCAUGAACUUUAUCAAAACGAGUCACGCACGGGGGAUCAGCAAUGACAUUCGCUUCGACAACAAAGGACUCCGCACGGAUUUCCUCUUGGAUGUCAUUGAACUGGACUCAUCGGGCUUGCAUAAGGUUGGCGUGUGGAAUUCCACGGAGGGCCUCAACUUGACGAGACACUAUCAAAUUGCGACAGUUGAGAACGAUGAGAAUUCACUGCGAAAUAAGACUUUUAUCGUUUUAACUGCUCUGAGCCCACCCUAUGGGAUGCUGACGGAAUCCGCUCAUAAACUGUCGGGGAAUGCGAGAUUUGAAGGAUUUGGCAUUGAUUUGAUUUAUGAACUGUCACAAAUGCUGGGCUUCAACUACACCUUCAACCUGCAAGAGGAUGGGGUUUAUGGAUCCCUUGGGGAGAAUGGGGAGUGGAAUGGGAUGAUACGAGAAAUUAUGGAUUACAGAGCUGAUCUAGCUAUUACGGAUCUAACUAUUACGGCUGACCGGGAGGGUGCUGCAGACUUUACAAUGCCUUUUAUGAAUUUAGGAAUUUCAAUUUUGUACAAGAAACCCACAAAGGAAGCCCCAUCACUCUUCUCCUUCAUGAGUCCUUUCAGUAGUGAAGUUUGGAUUUAUCUCGGUGGAGCAUAUCUCGGGGUAUCCCUAUGCCUCUUUAUCCUAGGAAGGAUUUCCCCAGGAGAAUGGGACAACCCCUUUCCGUGCAUUGAAGAACCAACAGUUCUUGUAAAUCAAUUUAGUUUUGGAAAUUGCCUCUGGUCCACCAUUGGUGUCCUUCUUCAGCAAGGAACUGAUGUUGCGGCAAAAGCUCCAUCGUCGCGCUCUGUCGCCUCCAUUUGGUCCUUUUUCACAUUAAUCAUGGUCUCUUCGUACACUGCUAACUUGGCUGCCUUCCUUACGGUUGAAUCCGUGUACUCGCCCAUCACUAAUGCCGAAGAUCUAGCCAAUUUCAAUGGAAAAAUUAAGUAUGGUGCCAAAAGGGAUGGGAGCACGAUUAACUUCUUCAAAGAUGCCGAAUACCCAGUCUACCAGAAGAUGUACAAGUACAUGAUGGAGCAUCCGGAAUUGCUGACUAAUUCAAAUCCCGAAGGUCUAGCACGUGUCAAGUCUGAGAACUAUGCCUUUUUGAUGGAGUCCACGUCAAUUGAAUACUUAACUGAGAGAGAAUGUGAUGUGGCUCAAGUUAAUGGAUUGCUGGAUGACAAAGGCUAUGGGAUUGCCAUGAGGAAGAAUUCUCCCUACAGGAAUGCUUUGAGUGAAGCUGUCCUGAAGCUCCAAGAACAAGGAAAACUUACAGCUCUAAAGAUAAAAUGGUGGCAGGAGAAACGUGGAGGUGGAACGUGUGCUAGCAGCAAUGCAGAUGAUGGAGCCGAACGCUUGGAUAUGGCAAAUGUGGGCGGUGUAUUCUUCGUUUUAACCUGCGGGAGUGCCAUUGCAACUCUAAUUGGGAUAUUUGAAUGGCUCUAUAUAGUUUGGAGACGUGCCCGUGCCAAGAAUGUCCCUCUGAGGGAGCAAUUCAAGUCAGAUUUCCUCUUUGUAGCCAAAUGCGAGAGUAACGUACGAGUCCUGCGUGAACCAAGUGGUGAAGGGGAUUCCCAACAUUCUGCCAUGUCUGAAGCAUCAACCAAGUCCCAAGGAAGCGACAUAUGACCUAGACACCCUCACCCAGAAUCCCCUAUAAAGCAUCCCUCAAACAAAGAAUCUGCGUGGUGGAUGUAAUAAAUUCUAGCGCACGUCGAAAUAUUCAAACUAUAUACAAAUCCUCACACAAGUUGUUUUUUCUAGAAGUGGGGGAGAUAUAUUUUCAUAAACACAAAAAAAGACUUUUCCUUUCAUUUCCCUUCAAAGUGCUAUUUUAUUCAACCGCCCCCUCCUCCUACCUCAUGGCGGGUAUGAAAAAUUGCGAAAAUUCAAUGAUAUACUGCACUCAAACUUUACAACUUUAUCAACUUGAAAAUAAAUCAUACAAUUUCUCCCCGACGCGGCAAACCACCACCAAUCGAUUGUUGGGUGAAUAAAAGAAAGUCUUGUAAAAUA